GGUUCAUUGGCAACGAUGGCAACGACGUCCGACUUCUUCAUGCAAGGACCCGAGUCGGCGACGUCGCCGACGAAGAAGCUGCUUGCGCACCCAAGCGCGGUCGCCCGCCACCUCCAGCGCCGCCGCAGCACCGCGGCCAACGCACCGGUCUUCAACGCGCCGACAACGUCCUUCCAUGCGCCGAUGCGCCACUCGAUCGGACUCGAUGGCCGGAACCCCGAGCCGAUGGCCGACCGCGCGCCGUACGACAUUGUGUGGGACAACGCGUUCUUGGGCCUUGUGUUCCGCUGCAACUCGAAGAACCAGUGCAUCAUCCGCCGCGUGGAUUCGAACGCGCCGCCCGAGGUCGCGCACGUCGCGCAUGUGGGCGACGCACUCGUUGCGUACAACAACGAGCCCAACCUCAACUUUGACAUGAUCAUGGAGCGGCUGCGCAACCCGCGGUUCCCGGUCACGCUCUCGUUCGCGCCGCCGUCGCAGGCGCUGCCCGUGUCUCGCCCGCCGCAGCAUGGACGCCACAGCCUCGAGCUGCCACGAACACUGCACAUUGAAGUCCCGCGCGGCACGCCGUCGAUGAUUCAAAGCGACGUGAGUGGCAGCGUCAUUAGCUCGGAAGACAACGACGCCAUGUACUCGACCUUUGAGGUCGUGUGGAACGAAGGCACCCGCCUCGGCGUCAGCAUCAUCAAGGUUGGCGCGUUGCCGUCGGUCAAGGAGCGCGUCGAGCGGCCCGCCGACCCGUCGCUGGCGCAAAUCCAGGCUGGUGACCAGCUCGUGGCGAUCCAGGGCGUCAACACGCUCGACAUCGGGUAUCAAGCGUCGAUUGUGCUCCUUCGUGACACACGCAAGCCCGUGCGGCUUAUGUUUCGCCGGCUGGUGUCGUCGCGGCCCGACAUGAACGACUCGGUCUUGUCGCAGCCAGGGCCGCCACCGCGCGAAACCGAGUACUCGCUCGUGUGGGAGUCGGGUCCACUCGGGCUCACCCUCAAGAAGGACAAACUCAAGAACGAACUCAUUGUCACCAAGCUCCAAGACGAAGGCCUCGCCGCGCGCUCCAAGCUCCUCUCGAUCGGAGACAUUCUCAUCUCGAUCUCCAACGUCCAAGUCGUCGACCUUGGGCUCCGCGGCACAAUGGCGUACCUCAAGGCAGUGCCCAAGCCCGCCGUCCUCGUCUUCCAUCGCGUUGCAGGCACCGACCUUGACGCCUCGGUCUCGAGCCGCACGUCCAUCUCGAGCCGCACGUCUAUCUCGAGCCGCGUCUCGUCCGUGCACGAGCCGCCGCCCAACACGCCGCCACCUGCGUACGGCAUGCCCGUGUCGCCGCCCGCGUACAUUCCACCGGUCGUCGUCUCCAAGCCCAUGUCACCACCGCCAGCGUAUGCGGCCAUCAUGCACCAGCGGUCGUCGCAGGUGGUCGAGAGCAUGGCCACACUUGCGCUCACGCCGACCGAGUCGAGCGAAACCAUCGACCAGCGUGAGCCGCUCUCGUUUGCACCGAAGAGCUACCGCGCGCCGGUUGUCAUCGCGCCCGUCUCGGGACGCUCGACGUACUCGGACUUGGACGACUCGGGUCUUGUUAUGGGCGUCGACAUGCCGCCGAUGUCGACGCUGCCUGGUCCCGGCACGGUCAACGUCGUGUGGUCGGGCGGUCCGCUGGGCCUUACGCUCAAGGCGACGGGCACGCGCGUCACGAUCAGUCGUGUCACGGGCAAAGGCGAGGCCGGUGGCCUGGACAUGCUUCGCGCCGGCGACAUUCUCUCGGCAAUCAACGAGGUCGAGGACCUCACGCUCGAGUCGGCGACGAUCAUGCUCAAGACCCUCGAGAAGCCCGUCUUUCUGCGAUUCACGCUGCAACAAGUGGAGGAGGAGCUGUAGAUAGUAAAUGACCGUGAUAAUUUAGUCCUAUUUUAACAGCCUACGACGGGCG